GAUGGUUUGUGUGGGAUAGAGAGUGUAUAAAUACUAGGAUUGGUAGAUUUCUCAGCUCAGUUCAACCCUGGCACUCAACAUGGUCGGACCUUCUCAUUUCAGUGUUGCCUGCAUUCUAUUGGCUGGAUUGGCUAGCUCUAGAUUUUGCCCCAGGGAGUCCAGGGAUGGAUUUGAAUGCAGAGCUUCAAAAGAACCUGCUCAGUUCAAAUGUGGAAUUUUUUACAACAAUCUUCUAGGGGAUAAUGAAAUUAAAUGGAUUGGAGCAAUGCCUGAUGCUAUUGAAACAGUGAGAAGGAAGGACCCUAAUCUUAUCAAUGAGGUCUUCCCUAAGGAUGAGCAGGGUAAUGCUGUUUCUGAACCAUACUUCCUGUACAAGGAGAGGUCAUGUGACCAGCAGGAUGCAAACAGCAAAUGUUAUCUUUUGAUGGACCAGAUUAAGCAGAACAAGUUGGACAGCUGUCAGAAAACAAUUGGAAAUCUUGAAGGACUUGAUACUAUUGGAAACCAACUGUGUGACCAGGCAUUGAGGUUUAAAAAAGCCGAUGGACAAGAUGUUUCUCAAGGACUAGAAAACCAGAUUCUUACCUUCUACUAUUCUUACUGUAACUCCACCUGGACUCCUGUAGAAUCCACUUCAUCUGGAAUCCUGAACCUGUCAGAGCCUCUUUGCUGCUCUGCUGAUGGAAAGUUCAGAAGGUGUGACGGCUCUGACUUCCGUCGUGAGUGCUGAACAAAAACCAAAAAUAUUGCAGUGUGGACUUUCAUCAACACGCGCACCACAUACUACAUAGAUAUUUUGAUAAAAAUGUAAUCUUAAGUUUUAUAUUAGGAUUUAUUAACUGAUGCAAUUGUGAAAUUUAAAUAAAUAUUCAGUAAAAAAAGA